CCUGUCUUCAUCGUCCCUUUCCAUACCCUCCUGGCUCAUUAACGCUCUUCAGCAGACGUCGUACCGGAGCAGCGCUCCGCAUCUGCCUUGUCUACUGACUCGAAGCACGCAGAAAACCCUCUGAGUCUCUACGCUAUCACUUCUCGAGCUCCGAAACAACAACAUCGGGAGACCAACACUCCGCGGCCACGCGACCCCAGCCGCGUCCCUUGUGACGCAGACCUCAAACAUCGAGGUGUACUCUUGCUGAGGUCUAUACCGGACGCAGAUCUCGUUUCGCUUGAGCUGUCAUGUCGGUGCGCAAUGCAUCCGCUACUCUCGCAGCCCUGCCCAGAGGGAGUGCAGACUCUGGAGGAGCAUCUGGCAGCAGUGCGGCGGAAGCUGGCGCAGCUGCAGAGUUUGCUUCGAAGAAGUACGUCUGGGUUCCCGACAAGGAGGCCGGCUACCUCCCUGGAUGGGUAGUGAGGGAAGAGCAGAAUGGAGAGGUUGUGGUGGUAGCUCUGCCUGAUGGCUCACAUCAAAGCGUGCCAGCCUUUGACAUCUCGAAACAGAACCCUCCUCGCUUCGAGCUGAGUGAGAACAUUGCGGAUUUGACAUUCCUGAGUGAGGCUGGAGUGUCGCAUUGCCUCCGGCAAAGGUAUCAGCGAGGAAUGAUCUACACGUACUCUGGGCUCUUUCUGGUCGCGGUCAACCCGUAUCAUCAGCUACCAAUCUACACAGACGCAAUCGUAGCAGCCUACAAAGGACGCAGAAGGGAAGAUAAUGCCCCUCAUGUCUUUGCAGUCGCAGAUGAGGCAAUGCGGAACAUGCUCGAUAAUCGCGAGAACCAGAGUCUUCUCGUGACCGGAGAGUCAGGCGCAGGAAAGACUGAAAACACCAAGAAGGUCAUCCAGUAUCUGGCGGCAGUAGCAGCAGAUAUGGCACCAGCAACAGGAUCCAGUCUCACGCCUGAGGCUCCUUCGCUGACCCGCAGUGCCAGCUCAAUGCGUAAUGGCCUCAGUAAAGCCGGUAGUUCUAGGUAUACCAUGGAUAAGAUGCCAAGCAGCGAAGGAGAAGGAACAAAGCAACUUGGUCUUCUGGAAAGACAGAUUCUGCAAGCGAACCCUAUCCUGGAAGCGUUCGGUAAUGCUCAGACGAUCCGCAACAAUAAUUCGAGUAGGUUCGGCAAGUUCGUCAGGAUAGAGUUCACGUCUACAGGAUGCAUAGCGGGCGCAAACAUUGACUGGUACCUCCUGGAAAAGUCCCGUGUCCACAAUCGAAGUGAAGCGGAGAGGAGCUUCCACGUCUUCUAUCAGCUGCUUCGCAGUGGCGAUCGUGAUCUUCUUUCGAAGCUGCUGCUCACAGGAAGCCCGGGAGACUACGCUUACCUCAAAAGCUCUAGGCAAAACGUUGAGGGACUUGACGAUGGCGUGGAGUGGAAAGCGCUCAGGACUGCUCUCGACACAGUUGGCUUCUCACCAGAAGAGCAGCUGAACUUCUUCCGUGUCGUCGCCUCGAUCUUGCAGAUCGGUAACAUUCAGCUUGCAGAAGAUCGCUCAGGCGCUGAACAAGCGCGCAUCGACAACUCCGCCCACAUCGAGAAGGUUUGCCAUCUGCUGGGGGUGCCAGAACAAGAGUUGACAAAAGCGCUGCUGAGGCCACGAGUCAAGGCUGGCAGGGAAUGGGUAUCGCAGUCCAGAACUCGUAAGCAAGUCCUUGAAGAGACGGCAGCACUUUGCAAGACAAUAUCGCCCGACGAGCAAAAGUACUUUCAUUGGAGUGCUGGACAUCGCCGGCUUCGAGAUCUUCGAGGUCAACUCAUUCGAGCAGCUUUGCAUCAACUACACAAAUGA